AUGGAUUUGAAUAACUUUGGUUCUCAACAGUUAAAUGAUGGUUCAUUAAAUCAAAUGCUUGAACAAGUUGGUAUUAAUGAUGUUGGUUCAUUUUUAAAUCAAUUUCGUAAUCAAGCACAGAGAGAAACUCAACGAAGUCAUCAAACAUCAAGAGAUGAACCUGAUGAUGAUCAACCAAGGGUGGCAGCGGAGGUAGCAGUGGUAGUGGCGGUGGUUUUUUUAAUAAUAUUAGUUCAACAUAUCAAAAUGCACAAAAAAAUGUAUGGUUUAUAUAAACAAUUUGAUAGAAAUGGUGAUGGAAAAAUAACAGCUGACGAUAUACAAAUAUAUCUUCAAGAAGUUGGACUUGGUGCUGCUUCACCAUAUUUAGCAAAAGCAUUGUUUCAAACAGUCGAUCAAAAUCAUAAUGGUUCACUUGAUUUUACUGAUUUAAUGGCUUUAACUGCUCUCUUAAAUAAAUUAUACGGUCAAUAUGGUGGUUUUCCUCGAUAA